GGCCGGCCAACCAGCCUCAUUGAACCGCGUUGCCGCUCUUGCUUUUUCCUGCCCGCGGCGGGCCGAGAGCGGCACGUCGACUUGUCAGAGCCGCUGAUAGCGCUUAGAGCUGCGUGCGAAGAGAGAAAGGUAUAUAUGCGGGCGUGGUUGCCGAUGUUGGGAAGAAGACAACAGCAACAGCAACGACAACUGUGCAUAGCACCACACGGCCUACCUCAGCCACUCACUCCCUACCUGCCACACUACCACCACCCACCCACACCAACCCACAAUGACCCUCUUCGGACGCCGCGCCUCCAGCCUUGACGGCUACUCGCCCGACGACCAGCCCGCGCGCCUUCAGUCGGCGCGCAUCUGGCGCGCCAAGAACGCGCUGCACGCCAUCCCAGUGUCCACGAAGCGCGUGUUCAAGCAGCAGAAGAACCACAUGGCCCGCCUCAUGGGCAAGGACGACCCCGAGGAGCGCAUGCUCCGCAACAUCACCGUCGUGGAGUACAAGUACAUGAGCUCCGAGUGGUAGCCUUCUGCACCGACACACGAGAGAACCUGCGAGACUCCUCGCCGCCACUACCAGUCAAGAGCGCUAGCCAGCGACGCAACCCGCACCGCUCGCCCGCUCGCCCGCGCACGCCGACCGCC